AUGGCUUCGUCUGUUACCACGUCUCUCACCGACUCCCUCCCUGGGUCCGUGCCCAAGCUUGAUGCUUCCGGACUAAACUGGGCUGUGUUCUCGAUCCGCUUUCGCGACGCUGUUGAGCCCAAGGGUUUCUGGGGACACUUCGACGGCACCACACCUCGGCCGACUGCGUCAUCACCCCCUACUCAGGCUGAGCAUACUGCUAUCGAGGCUUGGGAUAAGGACGAACGCUCAGCGCGGUCUCUUCUGACGCAGAAGAUUCCCGACUCGACGUUGAUGCGUGUCCACUCCAAGACCACGGUGCGGGAACGCUGGGAAGCUAUUGUUGAUGAGUACACGAACAAGGGAACGUAUGCGCAGACGGACCUUCGUAACCAGUUCAUGGAUAUGAAGUGCGAGGAACGUGGUGAUGUGAGAGUGUUCUUGGACAGCCUAAGGACAAAACGCGAAGAGUUAGUGACGUAUGGCGUGCUCAUCAGUGCAGAUGACUACCGGUCAACCAUUAUCUCUUCCCUCCCUGGCUACCUCUCGAAUUUCGCUGCAAACCAGCUCGCCACAGCUAAGCUGUACAGCUCUACACACACCCUUGACCCCGACAUCCUCAUCGAUGCCAUCGUUGAGGAGUUCGACAGGAAACGACGUGAACGUGCCCGCCGCUCGAAGGCAAAGGGUACGAACGAUGUUGCGUUCUGGGCCGAGGACACAUCCGAGUCUGAGGAUAGUGUGCCUGACCUUGAGGUGGUCAGCGACUCAGAAGAUGAGUCUGCAUUCGGCGACUCAGAGGACCGUGACGAUGAUGGGGUCGAAGGAGAGGGUGAUUGGUUUUCAGAUGUCGACGAGGACUCUGAUAGUCCCUGGGGCUGUGGCUGGGAUACCGAGGAGUUAUCUGGGGCCAGUGGCAGCGAUGUUGAUUCGUUGGCUGGUGUUGACUCAGACUCGGUUAGUGCAAGGUCCAUGGAGAGUGAUGACUUCCUGGAGGUUCUUGAGGCUGCAGUGUCUGAAGAGGCAAACAGUAUCAGCAACAGCAAAGCUGACACCGAAAAGGGUCAUAGCGAACUUUACGACUCUGGAUGCACCAAACAUAUCACCCCGUAUCGCGAAGAAUUGUCCAACUUCAUUGAAAUCCCCCCCGAAAACAUUCCGUGCUGCAAAUAA